AUGAGGGAUAAAGCCACCCAGACCCCUAGGGCCUGGGUAGAUGAGCGCAGGAGGGGCUCCCACAAGCGCUCGGCGUCCUGCGGCAGCACCGACCAGCUAAAGGAGAUCGCAAAAUUGCGGCAGCAGCUGCAGCGCAGCAAACGCAGCAGUCGCCAUCGACGUGAUAAGGAGCGCAAAUCGCCCUUCAAUGGCAACCAUGCUAUUAUCCAAUCACAGUCUCAGAUGCCUAAAACCAUCCUGAUCCCCAUCCCCAUCUCCAAGUCCACGCCACCUCGCUUCCGCAACAGCAUCGAGGGCCUCAACCAGGAGAUCGAACGCAUCAUCAUACGAGACACGCCAGAACGCGAUGAGGUCAUCAUUCCGCAGGAUGUCCCUGAUGGACACCGCGCGCCCCCACCCCUCCCCCAGCGCAGCAGCAGUACGCGCAGCAUCGACACACAGACACCCUCAGGAAGAAGCCUGGGUGGUAACCGUAGCAACAGCAGCAGCCGGGCGGACUCGGUGUCCCCGUCGUACCUCAGCAUCCUGAACGACGCAAUGGGAAACAGUCCCCUAACCAACGACGACACACUCAACGAGAGCAGGGAAAGAGAUCUGGGGCCGUACUCACCCCUGCCCAAGUACGCAUCCUCUCCCAAACCCAACAACAGCUACAUGUUCAAGCGGGAGCCUCCUGAGGGCUGUGAAAGAGUCAAGGUCUUCGAGGAGAACCAACCCAGGCCUCUGCAGGAGAUCCCUCCGUACCUGUGUCCGGACAGGAACAAGGUCAACUUCAUUCCCAAGAGCGGCUCGGCGUUUUGCCUCGUCAGCAUCCUGAAGCCGCUGCUGCCUACACAGGAGUUGAGCUUCCGCAGCGGUGUGACGUACCGCAGCCUGUCUCCCUCCCUCGUCCCUCUCGGCGGGGUCGGCGUGCGCAGCUUGUCCCCUUCCCUCGGCCCCGUCCUGACACGAGGACGCCAGUCCCCCUGCCUCCCACGCCACCUCGAGGAGCCCGAGGGUUAG